GAAAUGCACUGACACCAGCGUCUAACAUUCCUCGUCCACGCCAUGUUAACCCCGAUCGGCCCGGGCGGGGAUGGACGCCACUGUAUCGCCUGGGACGUGAUGAAAAGGUUACGACCAUAAUUCUCUGCUGUAAUGCGGUAAUGCUCGACUUAUCAUCAUCAAACCACCAGUAGCCGCUUCCCUACAUAUCAGGCUGCUAGCUGCUGCCCCAGGUCUCCUCAACCUGUGACUAAAAACCCAACUGUCCAAAUAUCAUCCUACCGACAACUUCUCGCUUGUUUCUCGACCGAUGAAACUAGACAUAAUUCUCGAAGGCAGCGGCAGCUCGCAGUCGUUCAGUCCUGGAGGCCAAGUGCGAGGCAGGUUGGAGAUCCGUGGCCGCGUGUUUAAGAGACCGCCGAGCAUCAACGCCACGUUACGAGGCAGACUUAAACUACUAGUCCGACCGCGAGGCAAUGCACCACCUGAACGUGUCAUGCAUACGCUAUUCGAAGUGUCGCAGCAAAUCGAAAUAAACAAAGAAAUAUCAUCUGUAGGGCCAACCGAGCACAAAUCCAACGACUGGUCUCAGCCGGACUACUCGGCCCCUUUUGAGUUUAUAUUUCCGAGCGCCAGUAAUUCCUGCCAGUGUCAACUACCGCCGUCCCUACACAUGGCAUCUUCUUUAGUGCGGAUCAAGGUCGAAUACACCCUCGUUGUGGCUGUCCGCCAAAACAUGCUGUGCGGAGUGACGAGGACGAAAAGAGUACAACGCGAGCUCUCGUUGAGAUCUGAGGCCGGCACGGUAUUCCUCCCGUCAUCGACCAUCGGCUGUCUACCUGCAAAUAAGCUGUGUCCAAAAAUGAACAACGCGUUGCAAGAAGCUUACAGGUCUCGCUUUACAAACCCAGACUGGCUGCCUCCAUAUACGCCCUCGCUGCAGGUCGAGGUGGUGCUUUCAUCGCCACCUAUCCUAACGAUAGGAAAACCCACGCAAAUUCAAGUUGUCCUCCAUGUUCCGCCCGAACUCCUCGAGGGCGAGAACAUCUACCUCCGCAGCGCAGUUAUGCAGCUCAAGAGCUCAGUUACGACAAUCGUGGGUACUAUAUCCGGGAGCUCUACAGAGACGCAUGACUUGUGGAGCUGUCGAGGCCGGGUCCAUCUUGACAAAAGGCGUUUAGAGCUGGACUCUGGCACGUGGGGAAGUUGCAUCGUCUUGGAUACCUGGCCAACAUGCACGUCAUGCGUGCUAGACUUGAAGCACGCCAUUGAAGUAGUUGCAGGAAUAUCCAGAGGCGAUGAUCAAGAGAUACAGUAUGUUCAUGCAUCACUGGAUAUCCUCGUCAUGGACCCUCCACCCAAUUAUAUUCCAAAUAUUCCUACACGGGCAGAUACACCUGCACAAGGUCGCGAAGGGACAGGAUCAAUGCCUGCUGUUUAAUGGAAUAUGAAGAGGCUGUCGAGAAGUGAAGGGCCGUCUGUUUUAUUCUUCUAAAGCUUCUUGUUUAUCUCGGGGCACUAAUUAGUCGAUAAUCUGCUUCCCGCCCUGGCCCCGGCUCCAGUCUCACCCUUGCUUUGUUGCAGGGAAGGAGGGACAGUUUCCUAGAGCUUCUAUAAAGUAGCUACUUCGGAAGGACAUUUAUACAUCAGCAUUUGCUUUUGCAUUUAUAUUUAUUCUAUCAUGGUAACCAGUUGGACUAGAGACCUUAGUCUGCCUGAGUAAACUGCUGACCUUUAAAUAG